AGAUGGCUUUGUUGAGCAUCAUAGGCGUUUUGGUUUGAAACGUGGCAAUGUUGUCUAUGUAGGCAGUUCACUAGGCUUUGAGACACUAUGAAUCCCGCCCAGGGUUUGACACAAAACAUCUUAGUAUGCUGUCGUCUAGUUUCAGAUGUCCAGUUCGACAGACGCCAGUCAUCAUGUUGUCUUCUCUUGUAAAAGCUGAUCGUCUCGCAUCUCAUGUUGGCAAAAAAUAUGCGCCAUUUUAUGAAUUCAUAGCGCGAACCCUGAAGUCUCAACCAGGCGAUGUAGAUUUGCACAGCGCAACAUCGAUCUCUGGAAACUACAAAACCAUAGAUGAUCUACCGGGACCCAGCCUGGCAACAACUGCGUACUGGCUCUUCGUUAAAGGAUACGCGGAUAAAAGUCAUGCAAUGCAGGUGGAGCAUAAGCGCCUGUAUGGUCCGAUCUGGCGGUCACGCUUUGGGCCGUUUGAUGUGGUAAAUGUGGCGACGGCUGAACUGAUUGCACAGGUGAUCCGACAGGAGGGUCGUUACCCAGUGCGGACUGAUCUGCCUCACUGGAAAGAAUACAGAGACAUGAGAGGACAGGCAUACGGAAUUCAUGUAGACACAGGCCCUGAGUGGUAUCGCAUCCGCAGUGCUCUGAACCCUAAGAUGCUUAAACUGAAGGAAGUAGCAGCAUAUGCUCCCAUAAUUCACGAGGUUGUGUCUGAUCUCCUACAGCGUGUGGAACUCCUGCGUCUGCGCAGUCCAGACCAGGUCACCGUCAAGGACCUCGCCUCUGAGCUCUACAAAUUUGGCUUUGAGGGAAUCUCCUCGAUCCUGUUCGAAACUCGAUUAGGCUGUUUACAGGAGGAAAUUCCCACAGACACCCUGCGGUUCAUAUCUGCCGUCAAUGACAUGUUGGCGCUGUCAGAGAUGGUUCUUUUUUUCCCACGCUGGACCCGUCACAUCUUCCCGUUCUGGAAACGGUUUGUCCAGGCAUGGGAUGACUUGUAUGACACGUCCAACACAUUAUCAUGGACCUUGUACCACCUCGCAAGAGAUGCAGAAGUACAGAACCGCCUCUAUAAUGAGAUCGCAUCUGUGUGUCCGAAUAAAGAGCUGCCGACCGCAGAACACCUGACAAGGAUGCCCUACAUGAAGGCUGUCAUCAAAGAAACUCUCAGGAUUUAUCCUGUUGUCCCUGGUAAUGGACGCCUGACUGUGGAUUCGGAAGUAAUUGUGGAUAAUUAUUGGUUCCCUAAGAAGACACAGUUCCAUCUCUGUCACUACGCUGUUAGUCACGACGAGAGUAAUUUCCCUGAACCGGAGUGCUUUGUUCCAGACCGCUGGUUGAGAGACAACCCGUCUCGCUCUCAGCAUCACCCCUACAGUUCUGUCCCGUUUGGGGUUGGUGUUCGGGCCUGCGUGGGGAAGAGGGUCGCAGAGCUGGAGAUGUACUUUGCCCUAAGUAGACUGAUGCAACAUUAUGAAGUCAGAACGGAGGAGGGAGCCCCGUCGAUACAUCCCAAAACCAGAACCCUGCUCAUUCCCUCCAAACCUAUUGACCUACAGUUUAUCCCUCGGGCUUGAUGCCAGCCAGCUCCAAUCAAUCUGUUAACCAAAAUCAGUACCUUUAAUUCAAAUAAUUUUGCCUUAAAGUUUGCCUUUUGAGAAGUUUUUGUGAAAUGCUGUCUGUGGUCAUUUAGGUUAAAAGUGAAAAAUCACAACUGAGCUUAAAUAUUAUAAGAGAUAUUUACAGCUGAGGUGUUCAAUUCACCUAGGUUACAUUGUUAAAGAAGCAUUUGCAAACAGUCUAAAAAAAUCCAACAGAGAGAUAUGAGUACCAAGUCUCUUGCAAAAUCACUAUUGCUUUU